CCUCUUCUCCCAGCAAGCUUUGCUUUCGGGGAUUGCGUCGCAAGCUCAGCCGCGCGGUGUGUGUGGCUGGCGGGCGACCACUCCCGCUUUGCCAUGUUCCGCCCCAGCAGCAGCCGCUCCGGCCUGUCGUGCUCCGGCCGGUCCAAGGAGAGCAGCAGCUCGGGCUCUCGGAGUUCCCGUUCGGGCGUCUCGACUCGAGGCCGCAGCCCGCGCCGCUCGCCCUCUCCCCGGGGCCGCCGCCGCCUCUCACCGUCCAGCAGCCGCUCCUCUCGCCGCUCGCCCUCCCCGCGCCGCACGAGUAGGGUGCGCUCCCCGUCCGGGGGCAGCCAGACCCGCCGCGGGUCCGAGCAGCGGGACGGCAGCCUGAGCCGGAGAAUUUCCCUGGGCAGGCACUCAAGAUUUGCAUGUAGGCAUUCUCCAAGUCGGCACUCUGAAUCUUCAGAGGAACAGAGCUUGCAGACUGCAGCUAGCAACGAGCGUUACAGCAUUGACCUACUGGAGCGAAGGAGACUGUCUGAUAGACUAGGCUCACCAGUUGAUAGCCAAAGUGAUGUGGACAGGGAUGACUUUACUGAUUAUCCAGUAUUUAGCAGAUGCCUUUCAUAUCAUCAAAGCCUUGAGCGAUAUUCAUCUCCUGAGAGAAGUCCUCCCAGUUCUUUCAACAGAAGAUACAAUAAAGACUAUCACAGUAAGGAUGUUUCCCUCUAUCAGUUAGACUUUGACAUGAGCUACGAUCAUCUACAGGAUAUAUCAAGAGAAACUGACAGGGAUAUCAAACUGCAUAGGAAGCACUUACAUUCACCAGAGAAGAGAGGACGAGAUCCAAAACGCCAUCCAUGUGACAGAGAGGACAGACAGCUUGAUGUGAGCAUGGAUCCUCAAGGUUUCUUGCCAGGCAAACAAAAUUACUAUAAACGAAAUCUCAGCAGGAGUCCAAGUCCAGCAUGCUCAGAUGAGGAUUUCAAGGAGGUUGAGAAUUCUGAGACCAAAAGAAGUACUUGUCAAGAUAUGUCUUCUAGUGGCAGUGUGAUCCAUGGUUUGACUAACUCUAUGCAGUCUCCUGAACCUCAGUUCCUUCAUAGGCCUGAAAAAGCACCAGCACUGCCCAAAAAAUCAGUCUUGAAGAACAGAGUAGAUGAGCCUUCUCUGCAGGUGAACAAUUUCCUCAAAUUUUCCAACAAAAAUACAAUCGCAAAGUCUGCUAACAAGGAAUAUCAAGCCAGCGUAGAUAACUGGAGAAUAUUUUCUGGCGUGCAGCAAAAUACUUUCCACUCUGAACAGAAUUUCAAGAGUUUUUUGAGACAAAAGGAUUAUCAGGAGUCGAUGUCAGAGUCUGCAGACCUGCAUGAUGAUUUCCUGCUUCCUCAUGAAAGAGCCAUCCAGGAUGGGAGUGGCUUUUUGCGCAUUCUGGACAGGAUGGUUGAUUCUUCCAACAUUCAAGAGCAGCGAAGGUGCAGCUUCCUUGAUGUUGAGAAUGAAGAGAAAUUUCUCUAUGAUGAUGAUGAGGAUGAUGCUAACAUUAAGUAUCCUUCUACUGAGAACCUAACAAUGGAUAGUUGGAAAGAAUCCUUAAGCCUGAAUCCAAGAUCUCUAUCUCCUAUCAAGUCUAUAGAACCAAACACUUCAGAUGGGUCUAGAAUAGAGUAUGAGAAGAUCAGUGACUUGCUCAAAGCUAUAGGACUUGACAUUGGGGUGUCUGAAAUUGGUAAGGGUGCUGCCCGUACAGAGGAACGACUCCAUGGGAAAAAAACAUUGCGUUCUCUCGAUGGUCUUUCAGUGAUUUCCCAUAAACCAGAUUCUAAUGAGAAGGACUGCAUUCGAAGCAUUAGUCAUUCUCCAGAGUCAAGUCAGAAGAAUUCUUUGUCACCUUGUGGUUCUUUCCAGCCAUCUAAUGAUACGUCCUCUGUUUCAAUAUCAGAACACACUAAAAGCAAAACAUUGGGUAACAAUAAUUCUGGGGGAUCAUCAGAGCAAUCUUUUCCUCCAGUAUCCGCAACUGUAUCAGCACCACCCUCUCUUCCUAUCUUGCCACUUCCUACCCCCCUAAUUUCUCAGUAUCCAGUAUCACACUUCUCAGCAUUCACUACAGCUCAGCUAUUGCCAAAUCAUCCACCUCCCACAAUGGCUCCACCUAUCUAUAAUGCAUAUGGACACUAUAUGGCUUAUUCUGCUUCUGCCUGGCCCAUGUACACACCUCCUCUUCGUCAGUCUAAUCCUGCACUCUCUGGUGUAAAUGGCCUUGUGUCAGUGACAAUGCCACCAAAGCCUAUCCGGUCGAAUCUCAGAAUUAUUGAGACUGUUUCUACAGUCAAGAAGAAUCCUGAAAAAAAGAUAAAUAAGUCUGUGCUUCUGAAAAUCCCCAUCACUCCUAACUCCAGAUUGCGCUCUCAGUCUUCUGUUGGAGGUACCACUGAAAGAAUAUCAGAAAGAAACCCAGCAUCUGAGAUGCCAAAAGUAACAGAAGAAGAUAAACUGGUGUCCAAAAAAGAAGCAUGGCAGAAGAAGCUUCAGUUCCUGAAGACUGAAUUGGAUAGACGUUCUAAACAGCAAUUGCAGAUGCUGUGCAAUAAAUGUAAGAAGAAGGACCCCCUGCUUGCAGAAGUGAAUAGAGUACAAGAAAAUAUUGUGAAGGAGAUUGCUCAGCUGCAGACAGAGUCUCGUAUAGCGGAGACAAAGCACUCUCAGUUUGAAAAGAUUUCACAUGUGAUUAAAAUUUUGGAGAUGCCAUGUAAGAAAGCUUCAGAAAAUGCAGACUCCUUAGAAGAAGAAAAAUCAGAUAAUACAAAAACUCAGGAGAAUACAUCUAACUCGGUCAAGGUAAUGGAUGACAAAGAGAAACUGAGGGCUGAACAAGAAACACGAAAGAGGAAACUUCAAGACCUGAAGUCUGAGUUGAGUAGACUUUCAGGACAGGGAGGGCAGAUUCUACGGAAUAAAAAUAUAAAAUACAAAGAUGUUCUGUUAGCAGAACUGGAGCACACAGAACAAAAAAUUUUGAAUGAGAUUAAUCAGCUGCAGUUAGAGACUGAAACAGUGGAGAAGACACAGUCUGAGCUUGACAAGGAUUGUUUGAAUAAGAAUCCAGUCUGUGAUGAGUGGAGGAACCUGGACCAUCAAGCGGGAUUGUCUCUGCUUCAAGAAACAGACUGCAACCUGAAACGGAAAUGGUGUAGAAAGGAAAAAGAAGAUAGAGAUGAAAGGAGUGCAAAAAUGGCAAGGAAAGAAGAAUCAGCGAUCACCAACGAAUUGAGAGAAGAGGGCCUGCCAACCAAGGACAUUCUGUAUGUACUCACCACUACUUGAAAAGAAGAGACAAAAGGAUGACAGGAAUUCUACCUAGCAGAAACUUCUCUAUCUGCCAAGGCUUUAUACCUUACCCCUUAAUGGGACAAGAGCCCUCAUUCCAUAUGGGAAUUGGGAGGGCAGAAGAACCAGGGCUGGACCAAGGCGGACUUUUUGGUUGCCUACAGACACAGCUGCUUGCGCAGCCAAGGCAUCUGCAUGAGGCCAGGAAUUCUGCCUUGCCAGAGCUAUUCUGUAUGCCGCUGCCUCUCCCCUUAACCCAUCUGGGCAGAAGAGCGCACACUCCGAACCAAAGUUGACAGUGCGGAAGAAUUGGUGCUGCAGAGAUACAAGCCUGUGUGGGCAUCCAAGACCUUGCCUCGAUGUGAUCCUUUUCAGUCAUGCCAAGUAUGACCAUAAAUGUACUUGAUGAUCACCUGGAAGAAAGUCAAGAUGAUUUUUUUAAAAAACCUCUCUCUACAAGUGAAGAUUCUAUAUUUGGAGGUGUUUGGGAAAACCUAUUACUGCUGAGUCCCCUACUGUUUCAUACGGUUUCUGUUUCAUACAGGAACUAAGCUAUUUACUACCUUAAAACUUUAAUGUAGUAGCUGUUUCUUGAUUUGAGGAAAUGAAUGGCAGAACUGCCAGUUUUUACUUGGAAGUUUAUCUUCCUGGAUUCAUGGACUGAAGUCAACUAAGUGACUUUUAAUAUGAAUUCUUUAUAUAAGGGUCAUGAAGUAACUGUGGCUCUUAUGUCUAAGGCCAGUCGGCAUCUUGUUUUAUAUUUGGAUUGAAUACAAUUGGGAGAAUCCUGUUAGUCCUUUAUUCAUUUUUCUGUUUUGGAAUUUAGAAUAUUAAAGAACGUUUACAACUUGAAAUUA